AUGCUCACACGAGAGAGGGAACAGCUGGCUCUGGUCUACUUUGUGUCCUCUCCCCGGUCGCCAUACCUGCCCGACCAGAAAAAAUUUGCCAGUGAGAUGUCUCGCUCUCCAAUAAGUAGACCAGUGUGGCCCCGCCCCGAUCAGAAGAAAUGAGGGAGUCGAAUGUCUCGCUUUCUCUUCUGUCUUUGACCUUAAGUAUAGUUGCAAGAAGUGACAAGACAAACCCAAAAACAAACAAAAAACGAUAUAACCCAAAUGACUCAUAGGCUCCCACGCAUGCAUUCUGUCGCUAACACUAAACCUAAAACUGAAACAAAAUAAUAUAAAAAACAAAAUAAAAAAGGACUGAAAACUCACUGAAACUAAACUGAAUUUAAAAUCGAAAAAACUAAUAGAAAUAAAAACACAAAACUAUAAUAACCUUACUGUUGACUAGGUGCUCCCUACACUUUAAUAAGAUAUCUGUUGGUCAUCUAAAUUGCUGCUCAGAUGAAACACCAUCUGACAAGGUCACAGAGACAGGACGAGGAGGCAGUCAUGAUGAGCUUCACCGCCAUUGUUUCUGCAUUUGUAGUAAACUUCUGGUUAUGCGAUUAUAUAGCUGGGAUUUUCAAGGUUGAUUUGUAAUGAGUCAUUGUGGUGGUGAAAACUCUGCUCCAUACCACCCAGCUGUUUGAGUGAAGUUGGCAUAAAAACUCUUUUUGGGGACAAUUUAUGAAUCAGUUUGGCACAAGCCACGAUAGAGGAGUAUUUAUGUGAUGAAGGAGCAUGUACAAACGUCAGUGAUAAAUCACAUCUAUGUGGAUAAAUCACAUCUAUGUGGAAUUAGACAACCUGGAACCUCAAAAGUCCACAGCACACCAUGCUGUGUAGAUAACAUGAACAGUAUUGAACUGUCUAAAGUUGCUUUGGAUAAGAGUAUUUGUGAGGCCUUGAGUAUCUGUUCAAGUGAAACAAAUGUAUGUUUGCAUAUGAGAGAGAGAGAGAGAGAGAGAGAGACAGUCAUUCAAUGAGUGAGUGAUUUCCUGAAUGACUCCCAAGGGUGCAGUCAGGUCAGAAUGAUUCAGCCUUUUUAUGAUCAGAAUGUUGGUUUUCCUCCAUGUCCUUCUGACUGUUGCUACUUUAUUUAGCACAUUCUGUUAUUCAAGGUAAGUAUUAUCAACCGAGCCAAGGUUUUCUCUUCACCUAAUCUGCUGUGGAGUUAUUUUGUAUACUUACACACACACACACACACACACACACACACACACACACACACACACACACACACACACACACACACACACACACACACACUACGGCCCACUCAUUUAGAUGUAAUUAUACAGUCCACGGAUGUGAUAAUAAAGAGAGAUAAGGUGAUAGUGUGUGGCUUUGGUUAUCAUUUCUCUUUCUGCCUGCAGAGAGGCGACGACAGGGCAAAUUCCAGCCAUUCAGACGUCUGUUUGGGAAGAGGAAUAAGGACGCAGCAGAGCGGGACUUUGAUACAGCAGAGCUGAAGGCUAGCUUCUCCACAGGGGAAGUGUCUAACGAAGUCGUCUCAGAUGAUGAGGAGACCAAUCAACAUCUGAGGUAAACGGGACAUCUACGUAUUCUGUUUGAUAUUAUGAGAAAUACUCCAGUAGUCCAGGUUGCAUUUAUACACUGUUCAUAAUGUUGUCAUGAGGUCAUGCAGUUGAGUUGGAUCUACAUUGCCGUUUUCCCCCUAUUGCUUGUACAGGUCCCCAUCUCAAAAUGAAACAAGCUCUGAACACAGGUCUUAUCAAUAACUUAGUCUGCAUGGCCUUGAGCACAUUAUGUCUUUAAUCCCUUCCAGUAAGCCACACCCAGACCACAGAGAACGCCUAUAAUACUAUUUCCACUAAGACCCAACAUGGAUACCACAUAUAUUAUCAUGUGGCUUCUUGUUUGGCAUGCAAUGUGUCUGGUUAUCUAUUUUUCGAGUCAGCAGAGUCGACUGAAUCUAUCUGGUGAGAAAAGGGGGCAGUUCAGUUGAAAUGUGUUCUAUAAACUGCUUGACUGACUUUUAGCUUUUAAUUGGUGGAGUGUGAAAGGGUUUCGGUUUGUGCAAAUGAAUUUACUCAGGGAUACUACAUCUUGUCAGGAAUUAAUGAGUGACUGACUGUAAUAGCAUGCUAUAGCUGUAGCGCCCGUUAUGUCUUUGCAGGAAGCUGAACCCCAUUGGGUCCCGAGCCCUCUCCUACGACAGUGUGUUUAUCCCAGAGGAAGCAGUACAGGAGCCCAGCCCAGAACAGACCAUGUCCCAGGAAAACGUCUCUGAUAAAGUCAGGAACCUGCAGGUGGGCCUUAAACACGCACACACACACACAUUCAGAUGUAUGUUCACAGUCUUGGUUGAUGCCUCUAAUUACCAUGUACUCGUAAGUCAACAGUUGCUCCCAGAUAACAUACACUUUAAUGUUACUGCUGUCUUCAAUGUCUAACACCAAACCCAAAAUGUGUGUGUGUGUGUCGAAUAUGCAGAGGCAGAUAGCACAGAAUAUCAAGUUUGGCCAGAGGCCCCCCUCUCUGAGGAAGAGUGAGGGAGACGAGGGCAGCUCGGAUGAAGAGGAGGUGCCCAGGAGCCAUCUGAGUGUCUUAGCCCAGGUGGAGGUUGAGCCAGUGGACACAGAGCCAAAGGUAAUAGCAGAUCAUUAACUGCAUAAUCUUUGGUUCACUGUUAGCUUAUAAUGCUACAGUAGUAACUCAAAGAAUUUGUGUUGGAAAUAUAGGAAGAAAAUGAAAAUGUUCUGUUUUCAUGACAACCAGGGGGCCAGUCAGGACCAAGAGGCCGGUGAGAGCCAUGGAGCUCCCCAGGCUGAAGCCCCCAGCACUCCAGUGAAAUCUCCCAGGUCCAAACAACUUCUUCCAGCCAUCGGCACCAUUGAGUCUAUCGACCUGGAUGGAGUCUCACAGUCUGUCCCUCGGCUGGACAACACCGCUGCCAAGCAUAAGCUGUCUGUCAAACCCAAAAACCAGAGGAUCUCCCGCAAGCACCGCCGGUACACACAGGUGAGAGGGGUCAUGGUCCUUACAGUUGGUGGUCUUUCUUUGGUAUGAAUGUACAUACAUAGAAUUGUCAUAUAGACUGAAUAUAGUGAGAUAAAGCUCAACAAUAGAAAUCAAAAUACAUUAUUUUUUUCAGGAUCUGCAAGAGGUGGAUAUCCCUGGCAUACAGCAGGAGGAGAAAGAUGCAGCAGACAGCCAACACAGGACCACUGAGGAGGAGACACCCCCAGAGAAAACCAAGAAGCAGAAUCUGCAGGAGGAGGAGAGACGGGAGUCCAGGAGAAAGAGAGACCUGGCGGAACAGAGGCACAGAGUGGAGGAGGAGGAUAGAAAGAAGAAAGUAGAGGAGUGGAGGCUGCGUGAGUUAGAGGAGGAGCGAUGUCGCAAACAAGAGGAGGGACGUAUACUUAAAGAUGAGGAGGAAAGGAGGCAGAGAGAGGAGAUGGAGAGGAGGAUGAAAGAAGAAGAGGAGAGGAUACAGAGAGAGGAGAUGGAGAGGAGGAUGAAAGAAGAAGAGCAGAGGAGACAGAGAGAGGAGUUGGAGAGGAGGAUGAAAGAAGAAGAGGAGAGGAUACAGAGAGAGGAGAUGGAGAGGAGGAUGAAAGAAGAAGAGCAGAGGAUACAGAGAGAGGAGAUGGAGAGGAGGAUGAAAGAAGAAGAGGAAAGGAGCCAGAGAGAGGAGAUGGAGAGGAGGAUGAAAGAAGAAGAGGAGAGGAUACAGAGAGAGGAGAUGGAGAGGAGGAUGAAAGAAGAAGAGCAGAGGAUACAGAGAGAGGAGUUGGAGAGGAGGAUGAAAGAAGAAGAGGAGAGGAUACAGAGAGAGGAGAUGGAGAGGAGGAUGAAAGAAGAAGAGCAGAGGAUACAGAGAGAGGAGAUGGAGAGGAGGAUGAAAGAAGAAGAGGAGAGGAUACAGAGAGAAGAAGAAAGAAGGAUGAGGGAGGAAUUGGAGCUUAUGCAGCGAGAGGAGAAGGAAAGGACACUGGUGGAAGAGAAAAAGAAGAAAGAGGAAAGAAGUAGAAAAGAAGAAGAGGAGAGGAAGCAGUGUGAACUGGAGGCAGAGCGUCUCCGUGUAGAUGAGGAAAAGAGACUGAAAGAGGCAGAAGAAGAGGAGGAGAGAAUGAAAAAGCAGGUGAAGGAAAAGAGAAAACUGCUUGGAGAGGAGGAGAGGAAGAAAAAGGAGAAGGAGGAGGAGAAGAGUCUGUGUGCAGAAGCGGCUGCGAGCAGCUCUGACCCUGAGAGGAAGAGGAGGGCGGAGGAGGUGCGCUGGAGAGAGAUGGAGAAGAGACAGAGGCCGUUCACCUUCAAAGUGUCCUCUGGGGAGAAGCAGAUCCUGUUCCAGAAGGUCGACCUGACGCCUGUUAUACUGGCCUCCAGUCAGCAGGGGAGCACUGUGGCUGAACACAGAGAGAGAGCCAAGGCCUCAUCGCCUGGAGGAGCUGACUCCCCCACCCUCCCAUCCUCUCAUCAUGUCCCCCACACAGCCAUCCUGGUGACAGGUGGCCAGCUAUGUGGCACUGCUGUCAACCUGGACCAUAUCAAAGAAAUCGCUUGUAAGUCUAUCCUGGGUCUGGCAGAUGAAAAGAAAGCUGCCAUGGGCAUCCCACCACCAACCAAGACCAAGACCUCACCAGACCGCAAGUCUGGGAAAACAAAAUCCCUCAGCGAGUCCACAGACCAGUCCAGUGCAGCCGUCCUUGCAGAGUGGGCCAGUAUCCGCUGCAAGAUAUUCAAGGGGGCGGAGGAGGGGAAGUAUGAGGAAUACCCAGACCCCCAGAGCCAAAGCCGACCCAGCAGUGAGGACCAGAGUCCGUUCCCCCAUACCAACCUCAGGAAGACCAUGUCCACCAGCGCCAAGUUCUCCAUCACCCCGGCCAGGAAGAAGUUUGCCAACUCCAACAGGAACUCUGAGGUGUUGAAUCUGGAAGAGAAGGAAGGAGGAAGCCCAACCUCUACUCUCUCCAACACCUCCUCCAGCGCCUCUAUUCCCCCUGCAGUCUCACCAGCCCCAGGCAGCAAGGCCCAGAGCAGGGGUGGUAAGUAUGUCCGGAUUUCAGACGGAACAGGGGAGUGCAUGUUUGCCAAAGACCUCCCUUCAUUCAUAGUCCCCAGCUCUUCCCAGUGCUCCCCCAGACCUGAGGACUCAGAGACAGAUGCUGAGAGCCUGGGAGGAGAAUCAGAGGACUCUGACGGCCGGGAGGAACAGGGGGAGAAGGGCCAGCCCUCUCCGUUUGGGAUCAAGCUGAGGAGGACCAACUACUCCCUCCGCUUCCACAGUGAUCAGUCAACAGACAAGAGGAAAAAGAGGUACAGCGCCGGUGACAGCUUCAAUGGGGUCCCCUCACCUCUGACCCCCAUUGACCCUGACGCCUCAGUUUUCUCUGAUCGAUCCAGCCCUGCAUCUCCACUCAGAGAGAGCAUUCCUGGGGUAAAGCCUGGACAUAUGGUUGUAUCUCUGCCAGAGCCCAGGGCCAAAGCAGGCAAGUCUCCCACCCCUUCCAUACACAGUGAGGAGAAGCCGUCCAAACCCUCACUCUACCAAAGACCGAGCACAUCCCCUAAACCUGCCACCCCUCCCCCCUCUCCACUCCCCAAAGUGGGCAGAGGGGGUCCAAGCGAUGCAGUGGUCCAGAGGACGAGGGUGGGGGCUAAUUCAGCUGGCCAUGAGGAGCGAGUUGAGAGGACGGAGGAAACCUCAGCUGUGGCCCAGCUCCACAGGAACGGCCAGGGACAGGGUCAAUGGGGUCAGGAGGAGGAGGAGCCCAAGGAGAAGAGGUCCUUCUUCCCCUCCAUCAGUAUCCCCUGGAGGGAGCAGGCUGACAGUAAAACAGAGCUCAUCAGGAAAGGUUAGUGUCACCUUGGGAAGCGCAUAUGCUGCAAGUGCUCCAAUCUCCAUGACAGAUAUUUGCGAGUAGGGAUGUCACACCUGCAUUUUAAUUACUUGAGUGAUUUUGUGUAUAUGAUGUCAAGUAUAUGAUGAUUGUCUCGUCUCACCACUUACAGAGGGGAAGCCAUCGCUGCAAAGCAGGCACUCGUUGGACAGCGUGCCGGUCCAGGACAAGGAGGCGGGGCCUCCGUGGAUCACGCUGGCGCUGCAGAAACAGAAGGGCUUCAGGGAGCAGCAGCAGAGCCGAGACGAACGCUGCAGCAAUAGAGAAGCCAAACUGGCCGAGAAACAGGCCAAGGACAAAGACAGCGUAUGUUGCUGCACUUUAACACACAUUACUGUCCUUACCUUCAUACACUCACGAUUAUGCUUAUGCAGAGAUAGAAAUGCAUUCAGGGCAGUAGGAGAGACUGGGACAGUCCGCUAAAAGGUACCUGUGUUUCACAGUGUGUGUUGGUUAGUCCUUCAGAGGGUAAGGGGAGUGGAAACACCAGCCCUCCCAAACCACAGACACCGCAAGAGGCCAAGAGACCAGACUCCCUCCUGGGCUGCUUCGAGCGCCGGGACCACCUGAAGAAAGCCAACACCCUGCCCAGUACUGUCACAGGUAAGAGCUUUCAUAUUCACAACUAUUUGUCAUCACACUUUCCCAAGAUCACAUCAAACAUUUAGGAUAUCUCACAUAUGAAACAUGAUUAUAUUACAUCUGGAUCAUCAUAAUCAAACCAAUCUGUUAUCAAACUUGUGUGGAUUACUACACUUUUAUGGUGUCCUCAGCAUGCAUUAUAACCCUUUCUCUCUGGGUCUUGUGUUCCAGUUGAGAUUGCAGACUCCACACCAUCGCCCCCUGCAGUGAAGGAGGUGACCAAGCGCUUCCUGUCCACUGACUCUCCCCAGGUGUCCACUGAGCCGGCCUGGCUAGCUCUGGCCAAGCGCAAGGCCAAGGCCUGGAGUGACUGCCCUCAGAUCAUCAAAUAA